CGUGUGUCUCAAUAGCGUCAGACUUCCCAGUGACUCACUGACUUGCGCUCGCAUUACAAGUCGAAGUUUUGAGUGCAAAAGACAGUGGGUCCGAAGUGACGCAAACCGAUCUAUCUAUUUCACGGCACUUUUGAUAAAUAUUUUUGUUCUGCUUCCAUAACAAAACGCACAAAGGGACAAUUCUCUGUUGAUGAAGUCCCACCGCGUGUGGGACGUAUAAAGUGUUGAGGCGCACCUUUAUAUUACUUCAGUGGCCAGAAGUGAAAGACAUUGAUUUUCCUUUCCCCAGCAUUUGCAGCCUGUGCUGGGUUGGUGGAACAUGGGCACGCGGAUCCACAAGGUCUCUGGACUUAUCGUCUCGUUGAUAUUUACCUGUCAUCUAGUGAAUGUGGCUCAGAGCUCCAAGGUGUGGGGAGAAGUGCCACUGCCCGAGGACCUGGAUUCAUCAAGGACUGUUCUCCAAAGAUCUCAGCGCUUCCUGGACGAUGACGAGGACUUUGCUGCCGAUGAAGCAUCAGGAGAUCUGCCCAGUGGAGAGGAGGAUGGAAGCACGCCAGAACCCACAGUGGUGACUGAGAUCAGCACAACGUACUACAGAGCUCUGGUGAACUUCACAGACUCCAUCGUGUACAGGCCUGACAUGGAGGACAUCUACUCGCUGUCUUUCCAGGAGAUUUCGGAUGCGGUGGUGGACACGUUGGAGUCAGAGUACAACAAGAUCCCAGGCAUCCAGACUGUAAAUGUGGUCCUCAUCAAGAAGAUGCCCAGGCAGAAUGGAGUGGAUGUGCUUGUAGAGCUUGACGUGGGCUCUGACUACAACAACAACGAAAAUCAGAUCCGCAACGUGUUGUAUGGAGUGGUGAAGGAGGGAACCAUCGCCUCCUACAUCACCUCUGUCCAGGGAUUCCAGUUCAGACGCCUGGGAGAAGCUCUGCCCCUUGUGAACCCCAUGGCUGUCCCAGUGAUCCCCAACCCUCUGCCCUGCAUGAAGGAUGAGCACACGUGUCAGGAUGGGGGUUGUAUCCCUCUGGAGUACCUGUGUGACAACAGACCUGAUUGCAAUGACAUGAGUGAUGAGCUGGAUUGUGAUCAGAUUCAGCCUGGACCAGUGACCCCCACCCCUCCCACCACCACCCCCAUCAAGAUGUCCACACGCCCCCUUGGCCCCCUAGGGCCCUGCAAAGUGGACCAGGCCACCUGCCAGAACGGGGAAUGUGUCCCCAGAGACUACCUGUGCGAUGGAGAGAGGGACUGCUCUGACGGCAGCGACGAGUUCAGAUGUGGCACUCCCUCUCCCUGUGAACCCAAUGAGUUCAAGUGUAAGAACGGCCGCUGUGCUCUCAAGCUGUGGCGCUGUGAUGGAGACAACGACUGUGAGGACAACUCAGACGAGACCGACUGCCCCACCAGAGGUCCAGGUGACACGUGUGCCCCAGAGCAGUUUGUGUGCCUCAGUGACCGCACCUGCAUCCCAUCUAGCUACCAGUGUGAUGAGGAGCCCGACUGCCCUGACCGCUCGGAUGAGUUCGGCUGCACUCCUCCCACAGUGACCAAUCCCCCAGAGGAAUCUAUUGAGGCGGAGCGGGGGGAGACGGUGACUUUCAACUGUGUGGCAGUUGGUGUUCCCACCCCCAUCAUCACCUGGAGGCUCAACUGGGGCCAUAUCCCCAUCAGUGGCAGGAUCUCAAUGACCAGUGAGAAUGGGCGUGGCAGCCUGACCAUCCGUGACGUAAAGGAGGCGGACCAGGGGGCGUACACCUGUGAGGCCAUCAACGCCAAAGGCCUUGUGUUUGGUAUCCCUGACGGGGUGCUCAGCCUCACACAGAAACCAGGAAACUGUCCCGACGGUCACUUCAGUGUGGAGGGACGUUGUAUCUCCUGCUUCUGCUUCGGCAUCACCAAGAACUGUGGCAACACUGGACGCUACCGCAACCAGAUCAACCUGCGCUUCACUGACGAGGACGACUUCAAAGGAGUGAACGUGACUUACCCCUCUCGGCCGGGCACCCCUCCUCUCUCCUCCACUCAGCUCCUCAUCAACCCAGAGGAAGAGGAGUUCCAGCUAGUCGACCUAUCACGGCGCUUCCUCAUCCUUGAUUCAUUUUGGACGCUGCCACGCCAGUUCCUGGGAAACAAGAUUGACUCCUAUGGAGGGUCCCUGAAGUACAAGGUGCGCUACACGCUGGCCCGUGGCGAGACUGAGCCUGAGGAGAAACCAGACGUCGUCCUGACCGGGAACGGUCAGAGACUGGUCUACCGCAGGGGCAACCCCACCCCCUCCAGAGAGGUCAACCAGAAAGAGAUCAAGUUUACUGAGGACAACUGGCAGCACUCGUCGGGUCGCCAGGUGUCCCGUGAGGACCUGAUGAUGACGCUGGCCAGCCUGGAGAGCAUUAGCAUCCGCACCGUCUACGACAACCACAUGGUGAGCGUGGCGCUCAGCGACAUCGUCAUGGACACCACCACUGUGGAGUACAACAUCCAUGACAAUGCCAAAGAUGUGGAGGAGUGCAGGUGUCCCCCUGGCUACUCAGGACUGUCCUGUGAACAGUGCUCCACUGGCUUUGAGCGCGUGUCUGGGGGGAACUUCCUGGGAUCCUGUGCUGGAUGUAACUGUAACGGACACGCCAGCGCCUGCGACCCCAUCAGUGGACAAUGUCUGAGCUGUCAGCACAACACUGAAGGUCCUCAGUGUGACAAGUGCAGACCAGGCUACUUUGGUGACCCCAGGCGAGGUCGCCCCGAUGACUGCAAGCCCUGUCCCUGCCCAUACACUGAGACAUCCCGCAGGUUUUCCGACACCUGUUUCCUGGACCAUGACUCCCAGGCCACGUGCGACGCCUGCGCGCCAGGCUACACCGGCCGUCGAUGUGAAAAGUGUGCAUCUGGGUAUCAGGGUAACCCAUUGCAGCCCAAUGGCAAAUGUUUUACAAACUCAAACUCAAAGUGUGAUAUUCGAGGAACAGUGAAUUCCAACAGCAGACCAUGCGCCUGCAAGUCCAACGUGGCGGGGUCGCAAUGUGACGAGUGUAAGAGCGGCUCCUUCCACCUGACGGAGGACAACCCAGAGGGCUGUCUGCAGUGCUUCUGUAUGGGCGUCACCAAGCAGUGUGUCAGCUCCACGUGGAGCCGUGACCAGGUUCGUGGCGGUGUGAAUGGUCAGCUCUUCUCCCUCUCCAACGGAGCCAAUACCAGAACCAUCACAGACGGCAUCGCUCAGAGAGGCUCCUCGGGGGUGGCGUACCGCUCCUUCUCUGACAUCCCCAAGGACAUCUACUACUGGGUCCUACCAGACAGCUUCAGAGGAGACAAGGUGACAGCCUACGGUGGGGAGCUGCGCUACACUGUGCACUACGAGCCCCGGCAACGCUCCCUGGUGAUUGACAGACAGCCAGACGUGGUUCUCCAAGGCAACGGCAUCUUCCUGGAACACUUCUCCCAGAUUAAGCCCCUCCCCCCCGCCACUGUCACUGUCACCUUCAGAGAAUCUGCAUGGAGGCGUGCUGAUGGACAGCCCUGCACACGUGAACACCUCCUCAUGGCCUUGGCUGAUACUACAGUCUUCAUGAUCAGAGCCACCUACGCUGUCAACAUGGUUGAGACCAGUCUCUCAGACAUCCGGAUGGACAUUGCAGUGCCACAUUCCACAGGCAACGAACGGGCCCUGGAAGUGGAGGAGUGUGCCUGUCCCCAGGGCUACAACGGUCCAUCAUGUCAGGAGUGUGAUGUGGGCUACACCCGUACAGGCUCUGGGCUCUACCUGGGUACCUGUGAGAGGUGCGACUGUAAUGGCCACGCCAGCGGCUGUGACCUGGAGACAGGCGCGUGCUUGCAAUGCCUUCACAACACGGCCGGCCCAAGGUGUGAGCGCUGUUUGCCAGGUUUCUACGGCAACCCUGUGACGGACGGACCUCAGGCUUGUCAGUCCUGCCCCUGCCCUGGCACUUCCCCCAGCAACCAGUAUUCUCUGUCUUGCUACAAGGAUGCGGACGGUCAGCCGACAUGUGAUAACUGUCCCCCUGGCUCCACCGGCCGGCGCUGCGAAAGAUGUGCUGCUGGGUACACAGGCAACCCCCAGCUUGGACAAACGUGUAUUGUUGGCAACAAUGAUCUCAAUGGUAACUGCUACAACUGUGAUCAGAGAGGAAGUGAAGGAUGCGAUGGAAAUGGUGUGUGUCGCUGCAAGAUGAACGUUGAGGGCCCUGAUUGCUCCAACUGUAAGCAGGGAACCUUCCACCUCAGCACAGACAACAAAGAUGGCUGCCUGUCCUGCUUCUGCAUGGGAGUCACUCAGCAGUGCUCCAGCUCCUCCCACGACAGAGACCAGGUGUCAUCCGUCUUUGCCCCAGGCAACUUCCAGGGCUUUGCUUUGGUCAACCGGCAGCGCACCGUCCGUAUCUCCACCGGAUUCACCGUGGAGGUGUCCACUGACGGCACCCAGCUCUCCUACAGCAACUUUGACUACCUAGGCCAGGGGCCCCUCUAUUGGCGGCUGCUCGGGGCUUUCCAAGGGGAUAAGAAGGAAGCUUUCUUUGCUCGUAUGAGACGAGCGCACCAGGAACAAGUGAAGAAGCUGGAUGAUGAGAUCUGGGAAAUCCUCUCCAACUUUCCAGCCGGCUCUCCUCCCUUCCCUCACUCCUCUUCCUCUGAGAGGAAGGUCCCCAGCGCCUCGUUUCGGGCCGGGUCUCGUACCCCCCUGAGGCCCCCCUCUCCCCCUUCCUCCCUCUCUGGUAUCUCCUCCCUGGUACGGCCUACUAGUCCUCAGCCAGCCUCCCCAGGUCACUCUCCUCGACGGAAGACUCAACAGCGGGGGACCAAGAACAUAGUGGGUGCUCCCAGUAGCCCCGGGCCUGCAGGGGCCUCCAGCCAGUACGCUUUGUUCUACAAAGGUUUCAGCUUGCACCCGGAUGACACACUCUACUGGCAGCUCCCAGAGCAGUUCAUAGGGGAUAAGGUGAACUCGUAUGGUGGGAAGCUGAAGUAUACCAUCUCCUAUGUAGCCGGCCAGAGAGGAACAGCCAUCGAAGACGCUGAUGUUCAGAUUAUUGGAAAUGACAUCACCCUGGUGGCUCACCAGCUGUGGCAGAGGGGAAAGGGGACAAGAGAGUCCCGCCAGUUUGAGCUCGUCUUCAGAGAGGAGAACUGGCGUCGCCCCGACGGCAUGCCUGCCACUAGGGAGCACCUGAUGAUGGUGCUGGCUGACCUGGAUGACAUCCUGGUGCGGGCCUCCUACUACACAGAGAUGAGGUCCUCCAGCAUCUCCGAGGUCAGCAUGGAGGUGGCCGUGCCCAACUACAGCGGCCUGGCUCAGGCUCUGGAGGUUGAGCAGUGCCGCUGCCCGCCCGCCUACCAGGGACUCUCCUGUCAGGACUGUGCCCCUGGCUACACUCGUACCGGAGGGGGCCUGUACCUGGGCCACUGUGAGCUGUGUGAGUGCAACGGGCACUCUGACUCCUGCCACCCCGAGAAUGGCAUCUGCACGAGCUGUCUGCACAACACCCAGGGAGAGCUGUGUGAGCAGUGUGCCCCAGGUUUCUAUGGGGAUCCCACCGCUGGAACCCCAGAGGACUGCCAGCCCUGUGCCUGCCCUCACACCGACCCUGACAACCAGUUCUCCCCCACCUGUGAGAGCCUUGGUAACGGUGGUUAUCAGUGUACUGCUUGCCAGCCUGGAUACACUGGCCAGUACUGUGAGCGCUGUGCAACUGGAUACGUUGGAAAUCCACAAGACAGGAUUAAGUGUCGUCCAUUCAAUACAGCGGCAGCCUCCCUGGUGGUGAAAGUGUACCCUGAGAGGGUUUUGGUGGCCCAGGGCAGCCCAGUGACCCUGCGGUGCCAGGUGACCGGCCCUCCACCCCACUACUACUACUGGUCCAGGGAGGAUGGACGCCCCGUGACCAACAGCGCCAUCAGACAAAGACAAGGAGAGGAGCUGCAUAUCCCCAGUGUUCAGCCCAGUGACACAGGCAUGUAUGUCUGUACCUGCAGAGACCAACGCAACACCAACAGGAGCCGCGCUGAGAUUGUCGUCACAACUGUCUCGUACAAACCCAUUCAGGUGACCAUCGAGGAGCCCAAAGCACGGAGUGUCACAGUUGGCGCAACAGUCAGCUUCAUCUGCACAGCCAAGAGCCAGUCUCCAGCCUACACCCUGGUGUGGACUCGGCGGGGUAACGGCAAGCUGCCCAACAGAGCCAUGGACUUCAACGGCAUCCUGACCAUCCAGAACGUCCAGCCUGAGGACGCUGGCAUCUACGUGUGUACAGGCUCCAACAUGUUUGCCAUGGACGAGGGUACAGCCGUCCUCUACGUGCCAGAGGCCUCACAGACUCAGAUGUUUUACACGACCUAUGAAAUGUUGGAAGGACAUGGAAAGCCUCGCGAGGGGGCCCAGCCAGUGGCUACUGUCACUCCCUCUGUCCUGACCAUCCAGCAAGGAGGCCAUGCUGAGUUCCACUGUACUGUGACUGGCAACCCUACCCCUGCCAUCGAAUGGAUAGGUCCCGGUAAUAGGAUGAGCCCCAAUGCUGUGGUCCGUGGAGGGGUCCUGACCAUCCUUGCUGUGGAGAGGGAGAAUGGGGGGGAGUACAUCUGCAAGGCCCUCAACACCCACGGAGAACACACAUCACGGGCUGUCCUCCACGUCAGUGGUUCCCAAACUGUGGGUCGGGACCCACUUGUGGGUCACAGCAGGGGUCCAGCUUCAGGUGCCAGCCUGCCCCACGUGCAGGUGAGCCCCCAGAGGGUGGACAUCUAUGAGGGUGAGACUCUGAGGCUGUACUGCAGGGCUGGAGGCAGGCCCAGCCCCGGACUCACCUGGAAGAAACAGAAAGGACAACUCCCCCCGCAGGCCAUUCCUUCUCACGGUUUCCAACAGUUUAAAAGCAACAGUCUCGAUGUGUUACAGAGACGUAUUGAGGAGCUGCAGGCCAGUAUGGAGCGCACAGACAUUGGCACCCUGCUAAUCCCUAACAUCAAGUCGUCUGACUCUGGCACCUACUUGUGUGUGGGCACCAACUCCAUCGGAUCCUCAGAGGCUCGCAUCGAGGUCACCGUCAAUAGAGCAAUAGGAAGAGACACCAUCUCGUCAGCCAUCACCAUCCAGCCCUCCAUAGCUGACGUCCAGGAGGGACAGAGCCUGGACCUCAACUGUUUUGUCCCUGGUAACCCCCCACCUGCUGUCACCUGGAGGAGGGAAAGUGGACGCCUGUCCGCCAAUCACCAGGUUUUGGGCACCAAGCUGCGUAUCCUCUCUGCCGGUCCAGAUGACUCUGGGAAGUAUAUCUGUCUUGUGGAGGGAGGGCCUGGUACUCCUGUCCGUCAGGCCUCAGUCUCUGUCUCAGUCACUGCCACCUCCUCUCGUCUGCAGACCCCCAUCAUCUCCAUUGAGCCCCAAAGUGCAGCGUUGCGACAGGGAGAGUCAGCCAGCUUCAAGUGCAGAGUCUACGGUGGAGCAGAGCCCAUACGGCUGGAGUGGAAACUGUCCAACAACCAGCCCCUUCCUGACAAUGUGAAGGUUGGCCAUUACGGCACUGUCCUCACCAUCGCUGACGCCCGCCCUAGCAACCAGGGCACCUACAACUGUGUGGCUACCAACCUGUUUGGAAUCACCCAGAGUAUCGUCUCUCUGAUCAUCAGAGAGUCUCCUGUAGCAACCGUCACCCCUCAAGGGCCCGUGCGAGUCAGGAUGGGUGAACCCAUUAACCUGGAGUGCCAGGCUUCCGGGGAGCCACGCCCAUCUGUCACAUGGCACAGACUGGACAGCGCCCGCAACACCAUGCUUAGCAGCCCUGUGCCCAUGGAGUCCAACGCCGUCAUGCAGGUCCUAGUGGCCCGUCCAGAGGACAGUGGUACCUAUGUGUGCACAGCCCACAACGACGAGGGCACCACAGAGACCAGGGUGGAGGUGAUCGUGGAGGGGAUUGCCCAGGUGCCCGUCACGCCCCGUGCCUCUGUGCCCGAUCCCCUCAUGGUGGUGGUGGAGGGACAGAGCACCACACUGAGAUGUGACGCUCACGGCUUCCCUGUCCCUAAGAUCACGUGGUCUAAGCUGCGUGCCCCUCUCCCCUGGAGACAUAAGGUAGUGGACAACACGCUGAUCCUGCCCAAUGUUGGCCGGGCAGACUCUGGAGAGUACAUCUGCAACGCCACCAACAGCAUGGGCACCACCGAAGUCACCAUCAUGCUGGACGUGGAGACUCCUCCCUAUGCCACCUCCCUGCCCGACGACGUGGCAGUGCGUGUGGGCGAGGUGAUCCGACUGCAGUGCCUGGCCCAUGGUACUCCCCCCCUGCUCUUCCAGUGGACCAAGCUGAAUGGCAGCCUGUCCACCAGGGCCGACGUCCAAGGAGGAGACCUCCAGAUUAACCUAGCCACACCCGAGGACGCUGGCACCUACAAGUGUGUCGCCACCAACAAAGUGGGCACCAGUGAAGCACAUGCCACAGUCACUGUCAGGUCCCCCCUGGCAGUGCGUGUGUCUCCUCAGGUGGAGGUAAAGGCCCGGGGUAGUGCUGUAGAGUUUACCUGCUCUGUUGCAGGAGGCCUGGGGACCACCAUGGAGUGGCUGAAGGAGGGAGGAGCCCUGCCCCCCAACCAUCACAUCAAAGAUGGGGUGCUGAGGAUUGAGAACCUGGAGCAGCGCAACGAGGGCAUCUACAUCUGCAGAGCCACCAGUGUUCACGGCCAGGCCCAGGACUCCGCCAAGCUUACCAUCCAAGCCCUGCCCAAGGUGAUGAUCAACGUACGUACCGCUGUGCAGACAGUGAUGGUGGGUAACUCCGUGGAGUUUGAGUGCCAGGCAAUCGGUGAGCCCCAGCCCACGGUGCGCUGGAGCAGGGUGGGAGGGCCUCUGCCGGCACACAUCAUGGUGAAGGGAGGCAUGCUGAAGAUCGAGCAGGUGUCUGAUGCUGACGCUGGACAGUACCGCUGCACUGCCACCAACAACGUGGGCUCUGUGCAGUCUCAGGUGGUCCUACAUGUCCAGUCCCUACCCCAGAUCGCAGCUCUGCCAGAGCUGAACGAAGUGACAGUGGGAUCAGAUGCUGUCCUGCCCUGUGUGGCAUCAGGAUACCCAGUGCCUGCCAUCAAAUGGUCCAAGCUGGAUGGGGAACUCCCUCCUAAGUGUAGACAGGUAGUCAACACCUUGACGGUUCCCGAAGUGACCCACGAGGAUUCUGGCAUCUACGUGUGCACUGCCUCCAACAAGCAGGGCAAAGUGGAGGCCUUAACGACCCUCAAAGUCCAUGAUCGAGUGAUGCCCUAUUUCACCCAGGAGCCCCUGUCCUAUCUCACUCUGCCCACCAUCAAGAAUGCCUACAAGUCCUUCAGCAUCAAGAUCAGCUUCAGGCCAGACAAUCCUGAUGGUCUCAUCCUCUAUGCGGGUAUGAUCAUCUACAAUGGACAGAAGAGGACCAUGGGAGCAGACUUCAUCUCUCUGGGGCUGGUGGGAGGCAGGCCUGAGUUCAGGUUUGACGUGGGUUCUGGCAUGGCCACCAUCCGCUACCCCACCCCCAUCAAACUGGGAGAGUUCCACACCAUAGAGCUCUACCGCAACCAAACCCAGGGCUCCAUCAUAGUGGACAGGGAGGCCCCCGUCAAUGGGAGCUCACAGGGAAAGUUCCAGGGACUGGAUCUAAACGAGGAGUUGUAUGUGGGUGGUUACCCCAACUACACCCUCUUGGCCAAGACAGCUGGCCUCAAGACCGGCUUUGUCGGGUGCAUCCGUAAGCUGGUCAUCCAAGGUGAUGAGAUCAUCUUCAAGGAUCUGCAGCGCAGCUCCACGGGCGUGUCCAACUGUCCCGUCUGCACUGACCGCCCCUGUCAGAAUGGAGGGAUGUGCCAGGACUCUGAGGCCAGUCUGUACAAGUGUAGCUGUCCCAGAGGAUUCACAGGGAGUAACUGUCAGCACCACUCCUCCCUGCACUGCCACCCAGAGGCUUGUGGACCGGACGCCACCUGCAUCAACCGUCAGAACACCCUGGGCUACGACUGUCGAUGCCACCUGGGCAAGUCUGGAAACAAGUGCAUGGACGGUGAAUUGGUGACUACUCCCCUGUUUGACGGUAAGGACUCGUACAUUGCAUACCCUCCUCUGACCAACAUCCACAACGACCUGCGCAUCGAGAUGGAGUUCAAACCCAUGGCCCUGGACGGCCUGAUGUUCUUCAGCGUGGGCAAGAAGAUGAAGACGGAGGACUUUGUCUCCCUGGAGAUGGUGGACGGAUACGUGCAAUUCCGCUAUGAACUGGGGACUGGCCAAGCCGUCCUGCGCAGUCCUGAGCCGAUCAUCCUUGGCCAAUGGCACCGCGUGGAAGCCGGGCGCCUCGACAAGGACGGCUCUCUGACAGUUGACGGUGGCCGGGAGGUCAGAAGGUCGUCACCUGGCAAGGCCCAGGGCCUGAACAUCCACACCCCCAUGUACCUGGGAGGAGUCCCCAACUUUGAGAUCGUACCCAAGACCCUUAACAACAGUGAUAUGUUUUAUGGAUGCGUUGGAGCGGUGUCCAUCAAUGGUAAGAAGGUGGACCUGUCCUACAGCUUCACAGAGAGCAUGGCCAUCAUCCAGUGUAAGGACAACAGUCCCUGUGACCGCAACCCCUGUCUGAACGGGGCGAGAUGCAUGCCCACUGCUGAGUAUGAAUACCAGUGUCUCUGCAAGGAUGGCUUCGAGGGUGAGCGCUGUGAGGUGGUGAGGGACACCUGCCAGAGCAGUGACCAGUGCCAGAAUGGAGGCAGCUGUGUGAAUGGCCAGUGUGUGUGUCCCGUAGGCUUCAAUGGCCCCAUCUGUGGACAGAGCCAGGUCUCCAGCUUCGCCGAGUCCCUGUGGAAUUUGGAGGGUAGCGGGGGGAAUGAUGCCCCCAUUGAGUAUGCAGCUCAAUUCUAUGACAACGGUUACCUUGCUCUUCCCAAGACUAUCUUCCCCAGAAGCGGCCCUGACGCUCCAGAGACCAUCGAGAUGGAGCUCAAGGUCAACACCUCCUCCAAAGAGGGCCUGAUCCUGUGGCAGGGAGUAGAGCCCUUUAAUGGCGCUAGCCAUUUCCGCAGGAUGCAUGCUAGUAAAAAGGUAUCCACCUCACCAAAACACCUGGAGCUUGGCGAUCAAGGAAAGGGCAAGGACUUUAUAAGUCUUGGUCUGCAAAACGGACACUUAGUCUUCAGCUACCAGCUGGGCAGUGGAGAGUCUCAGAUACAGUCCAGGGAGCCCAUCAAUGAUGGCAGAUGGCACAAGGUCACUGCCGUGAGAACUGGUAAACAGGGAUAUAUUCAGAUAGACGGAGCAGCCAUUCAACGAGGACAAUCACAAGGCAAAAGCAUCAUGGUGAACACCAAAGGCAACGUAUACCUGGGGGGAGCCCCAGAUAUAUCUGCGAUGACGGGAGGGAAGUUCUCCUCUGGGCUCACAGGCUGUGUGAGGAACCUGUCUCUGAUGAACGCCCGGCCGGGAGAUCAGCCAGCCAGACCCAUCGAGCUGCAGGCCGCCGCAGAGAAUGGCAUCAACGUUGGGCGCUGCUCCUCAUAGACCUAUAGCAGCCCACACACACACACAGAGACUAUGGAGACAAGAUUCAAUCAGACUCAGAGAGACUUGCCCAUAUACAUACAUACAGUCAGUUUGAAAAAAAAACAUGGUGCUUUGCUGCUACCAAAAACAAAGAUACACAACAAAAUUAUAUUUUGCUCUUUGUGCAUUGAACCAAAAAAAAAGUGAACAAAUACUAACAAGUCUUCACUUGCUUAGUGCUGUAUUCUCAAUGAAGCACACAGGAGAUCCAGUAUAGUUUUCAUACUCCCAGCAGUAGCUUUUAGUCAUGAGAAAGAGUCAAAUGCCAUAGGCCUUCUACAAUGGAUCAGAUCCUAUGGAGUUGGAGAAGUUUUUACAGCACUGAAUUUUUAUUUAUAUACAUAUAAAUAUAUAUUAUAUAUUUGUGGGGGAAACAUGCAAACUAACCAUAACUGCUCUUUGUCCUAGAGUUGAUUCUGGGUUCUAAUACUGUGUGUCCAGGGCUUUUUUAUAGGGCCUAGUUGUGUUAAUACUUGCAGACAUUAAAGCCUUUUUUCUUCACUUCUGUAGGGGAAAUUUAGCGGUGAGCAUGCUUACAGACUUGUUACGCUAUUGGGAGAGGGGUCAUGGCACAAAGCAACAUCAAGACACAUCUCAGGGGAAGACAGGAUUUUAAAAACAGGCAGAACGCUAUUAGAAGUACUCGUACUUUUCGUUUCUACCAAAUCGUUUCUGAUCUGUUUCUGAAAUCACUUGCCUUCCCACACCUAGCAUGGUUGCCAUUUUUUGUGUCUGUAAAACAUAUAUAUAUAUAUUUUAAACUUGGUGCUAUUAAGUUAGACAUGGAAAUACAGCCCACUAGUGGUUA